AUGAUUCGUAGCAAUGAGUAUUCUGUGGAUGAAUCAGGAAAAGGAAAUUGUUUGGUUGAUGCCUGCCUUCUCACAAUGAUUGGUAUUCAAGAUAGUCCAUUAACUCUUCGUAAACAUUUAUCUGAUUACAUUAAAUCAAAUGAAAUAGCAUUACGUGAUCGGUGGAAAUAUGCAAGAAUAUCGUCUGACCAAAAACUAGAAUUGGGCAUUGAUUUAGAUGAUAAUCUACUUGAUCAAGAAUGGAAAGCUAUUGUUACAGAAGCGAAAGUAACAAAUGAUGGUAAAUGUACAUUUUUACAAUCAUGCCAUAUUUUUGCCAUUUCAAAUAUGAUUAAACGACCGAUUGUGGUGCUCGGAGAGGAGUAUGUUGACACAGUAAAUGAGAAGCAAGCUCAGUUUAAUGAUAUAAUUGGCAUUUAUCUACCAUUGUUGUUUAUGGCGAAUAAUACAUUACAUUAUCCAAUUGUUCUUGGUUAUGCUGCUACUCAUUUCACAGCGUUAGUUACGUCAAAGUCCUCAACCUUGUCGCCGUUGUUAUAUUGUGGAGUACCACUGUCAUGUGUAUCCAGUUCAUCCUUCUCCUUUCAAUCUUUAUCUGUUCAUUAUAUUAAUUACGUUGAACAGAUGAGCGUUCCACGCUUAUUAGCAAAAUAUUUAGUUAUUGAAGAGAUUAAACUGCCCGAAGGCCAAAUGAUGAAAUGUUGUGCAUUGAAUGAACAAACGCUAUCAGAGGAUAUUAAUGUUUUAAAUAAGUAUAUAAAAUAUCUUGAAGCCAAUUUACCAAAUGAAGAACCGUUGCCACCGGAUAAUUUGUCUGAAGCCCAUGGUAUGGAAACGGAUGUUGGUACGAAUAACGAUUGUCUGUUUAAAGUUGGUGAUGUAUUUAGUUCUUUUAAUGAAUUUAAAUAUAAAAUAAAUGAUUAUUCAAUAAAUACUGGAGGAAUGUUUUCUAUCGGUCAUUCAACAAAAUUGAAACAGACAUCUGGAUUAGUUUAUGGAAAACUUUUAUAUGUCUGUUGUGAUGGCGGCAAACAGCGUUGUCGCAGUAAAGGUAUUAGACCACAGCAGUAUUAUAUGUCAUUAAAUUGUCCGGCUAAAAUUCGUUUUUUCAACACCGGCACACAACUGAAAAUCAGCAUUCUAAAUUUCCAUCACAAUCAUAAAUUAGAUACAUCAAAUCUGAAAUACUAUCCUAGAAAUCGUCGUUUAGAGAAUGAAACCGUAGAAUUGAUCAAAAAAUUUGAUAACCAUAAAGUUCCGCGAGCUAUAAUACGUGAUAUAGUUAUGAGUGAAAAUAAAACAAAAUUUACCACAGUAGAGGAUAUCGCAAAUGUAUUAAACAAAGUAACAACAAAUAAUAUUCCAUCUCAGUCUAUAGCAGUACAAAAGAUUCUCAAUGAAAUUAAAGUUUAG